AUGAAAUGCAUUGAUGAUAGGAAAAACGGUGCUUUUUUUGUGGAUGGACCUGGGGGAACAGGUAAAUCCUUUCUUUACCGGGCCUUGCUUGCAGUUGUCCGGUCAAAAGGUUGUAUAGGCCUGGCCACCGCAACAUCUGGUAUUGCUGCGUCCAUAUUACCCGGCGGUAGGACGGCGCAUUCAAGGUUUAAAAUCCCUAUUGAUUUGUCGAAUGUCAAGUCUUGCAGUAUUAGUAAACAGAGUAGUUUAGGGUCCUUAAUUCGGGAGAGUGUGCUAAUUGUUUGGGAUGAAGCACCGAUGGCUAAAAGGGAUGCCAUAGAGGCGCUUGAUCUUGCGCUUAAAGACGUCUGUGGAUGUUCUGAAAUUUUUGGCGGUAAGGUCAUAGUAUUUGGAGGCGAUUUUAGGCAAGUGCUUCUAGUGGUCCGUAGGGGCAGUAGGAAAGAAACUGUUGAUGCUUGUCUAACUAGCUCAUACUUAUGGCCUUUACUUAAAAAACUGAAGCUUACAGAAAAUAUGAGGGCGCGUUUGGACCCUUUGUUUACUCAGACACUUCUAAAAAUAGGCAAUGGGCAGGAAAAGACGUUUGAAGAUGAUCUUAUAAAGAUCCCUGCUCCUCUAGCAAUUAAUGACCCUAUGGCUGAGGAGUCGUUGGAUGAACUCAUAAAAGUCAUAUAUCCAGAUCUAGCAAGCUUAACAGAGGUGAGUCGGUCCAUAAAUCGAGCCAUUUUAACGUCAAAGAAUUGUUUUGUUGAUGAGGUAAACACGAAGCUUAUUAAUGAGUUUCCAGGAAAUUUAGUGGAAUACUUGAGUUUUGAUAGAGUUGAAAAUCCAUCUCAUGAGGCUGAAUAUGGCGACCUCAUCAAUUCGCUUACACCGAGUGGUUUACCAGAGCAUAGGCUCAGCCUAAAGGAAAAUGCACCGGUUAUACUGCUACGCAACCUAGACCCUACCGAAGGACUAUGUAAUGGCACAAGACUUAUUUGUAAAAAACUAGAUAAAAAUGUCAUUCAUGCAGAAAUUGCAGUUGGUGAGUUCUGCGGCAAAAGUGUUUUCAUACACAGAAUACCAUUUGAGCCUCCAACCGAUGAGCAAUAUCCCGUUCCUUACACACGCACACAGUUCCCCCUACGUCUGUGUUUCGCAAUGACAAUAAACAAGGCACAAGGACAGACAUUAGACUCCGUCGGCGUAUAUUUGAGAGAACCAGUUUUCUCGCAUGGGCAACUUUAUGUUGCAAUGUCACGCGCUAAAACUUCUGCAUCUGUAAAGCUUCUGAUAAAGCCGCCUUUCUACAAUGAACAUCGGCUGAAUUACACAAGAAAUAUUGUUUACACAGAAGUUUUGCAGGCAGCUGAAAUUGUUUAA